GGGGCCCGGCAGGGGGCCCCUGGCCCGGCCCCCGCGGAGCAGUAGCCGCGUGCACAGCCGCCGCGGAGCCUCGCCGAGAUGCAGGACAAGCUGCGCAUCCUGGAGGACCUGAACAUGCUCUACAUCAGGCAGAUCGCGCUCAGCCUCGAGGGCACGGACAUCCAGAAGAAGAUCGACCACGAGAUCCGCAUGCGCGAAGGGGCAUGCAAGCUGCUGGCCGCCUGCACCCGCCGCCAGCAGGCGCUGGAGGUCACCAAGAGCCUGCUGGUCUGCAACAGCCGCAUCCUGGCCUACAUGGCGGAGCUGCAGCGCAUGAAGGAGGCGCAGGUCAUGCAGCGCAUGGCCCGCCGCCCUUCGGAUGCCGGUCCCUUGGAUGACCGCUUGCCGUGUCGGGGCAGAGUCUGCAUCUCAGAUCUCCGGAUUCCCCUGAUGUGGAAGGACACGGAAUACUUCAAGAACAAGGGGGAGCUGCACCGCUGUGCCGUGUUCUGCCUGCUGCGGAUCGGCACAGAAAUCUACGACACGGAGAUGGUGCUGGUGGACCGGACGCUUGCGGACAUCUGCUUUGAGAGCACGAUCCUCUUCACGGAGGCCGGCCCGGACUUCGAGCUGAAAAUAGAGCUGUACAGCGCCAGCCUGGAGGAAGACUCCGCGCUGGGCAAUGCGCCCAAGAAGCUGGCCAGCCGCCUGAGCAGCUCGCUGGGGCGCUCGUCCGGGAAGAGGGUGCGGACGGCCCUGGAAGGAGCGGCGCCCAGCAGCCCCGUGAGCAAUGGCGGGAGCAGCCCCCUGCUGCUGCCCGGCCCCAGCAUCACGGGGCCCAAGUACCAGCUGCUGGCCGGCACCUCCCUCCACCUGGCCGACGUCCAGGACGCCUUCCGCACCCACGACCUGGUCAUCGCCGGCAACGAGGAGAGCUCCUUCUGGCUGCCUCUUUACGGGAGCCUCUGUUGCCGCCUGGCAGCCCAGCCCGCUUGCCUGCUCCACCAGCUGAUGUGCGGCUUCCUGAAGGUGCAGCAGUCAGUGCAGCAGGGGGAGCCGCCGGGCUGGUUGCGGCUCUUCUGCCUUCUGCGAGGCUCCAACCUCUUCUGCUACCGGCACCCCCAGGACGCGGACGCCCAGGAGGAGCCGGCCCUCACCAUCGCCAUCAACAAGGAGACCCGCAUCCGGGCCACCGAGAAGGACCCCAAGAGCCGCCUGCACAGCAUCUCCGUCACGAACCGCUACGGGGGCGAGGAGGUGACCCACACGCUGCUGGCCGAGUCCCGGGUGGAGACCCAGCGCUGGAUGGAGGCCUUCUGGCAGCUCUUCUACGACAUGAGCCAGUGGAAGCACUGCUGCGACGAGCUCAUGAAGGUGGAGGUGCCGUCGCCGCGCCGGCCGCCGGCCCUGCUGCCCAGGCAGGGCUCCCUGUACCACGAGAUGGCUAUUGAGCCCGCGGACGACAUCGAGGCCGUCACGGAGAUCCUGGCGCGGCGCGUCUCUGGCCUGGGCUGCCCCGCAUGGCUCUCACUCUUCGAGGACUCUGUGCAUGCCCCGGCGUCCGACACCGACAGCAGCGCCAGCCCCGGCCCCGGCCACCCACAUGCCCCGCGGGGCCGGCCGCGCACGCUCUCCCUGGACGCCAAGCUCAGCGCACUGAAGGGACGCGCGGACCUCCGGGGCCCUGGGGCCCGUGUGCCAUCCCACUCCAGCUCGGGCUCCUCCAGCAGCGGCAGCCCGACCCCUGAGCUCGAGCGGCCCUCCCUGCCCCACGGCCGGCCCAGAUUCGACCCACACCUGUGGCUGCAGUCCCAGGUCUGAGGGGGCUGGGCAGCGGCAGGGCAACUGCGCAGCGAGAUCCUUCCUCCCAGGGCGGGAGCCGUCGCCCGACCAUCCUGUGCCCGCAGCAGGCAGGGCCCCGAGAGGGGGCGCCCCCGCCCCACAGCAGGCGGCUGGGCCGGACGUGCCCUGCAGGAUGCUCCCCGAAGCCGGGCCUCCGCCCACGACGGCCCCUGGCGCAAGUGGAGUGGCCGCCUCUGCGAGGGGCCAAGCGCCGCCUGGACUCGCCUCCUCCUCGGUGGGAGGCUGCAGUGCUCCGGGCUUUGUGGCGUGGGGCCUUUCGGAGCGCCCCAGAAGCAGGUGGCUCCCGCUCGCCCCUCCCAGGCCUGGCCCCCGUCCUCUCGGCCCGCUCCCCGCUUCUCUAACCAUCUCCCGGAGCUGCCGUCCUCUUGCCAGCGCAGGAGGCAGUGGGGUGGGCAGGCAGUCAUGCGCGGCCCCUUCCCCACUUGUCUGAGGCAAGGGGUGGGCCGCCCCCUCCAUGCACAUUAAAAUGUAUUUAACAC